CAGCUAUUAGCCCGGGAACCCCAACUUGCCUGAGAGCUUAGACACCAACUGACCCCUCCUUCCGUUCUGCAUUGCAUUCCCAUGCAGGCCCAGACACAAACGUCGCAGUUGCAGGUCUUCCGUGUCUUCUUCGCCAUUGAGGAGUUAUCCGAUGCUCCUCGGAGAUUAGCCGCACAGGAAGCCGCAUUUCAUCAUGCUUCGGAAAAUGUGUGGGUAGGGGUAGGUAGGUCAUGUAUCAAGUCUCUCUCGUAUUUAUUGGAGCCAAGUCAGCCUACCUGAGGUGAUCGUGGCUCUCGUGCAUCUUCUCCAUCGCCUCUCCUCUCCUCUCUUGUCUCUUAUCUCCUCACAAACCGAGAGCCUCCUUUUCCGUUAUUUCAAUAUGUCGGGCAAACACUUCAUCAACGACUCAACCGUCCUUGUCAACUCUGCACUCCAGAGUAUUACAUAUACCAACCCAUCUGUAGCCCUAGAUGUUGAGAACAAGAUUAUCUAUCGAAGGCCUGAGGAGGGCAAGCCGUCCCAGGUUUCCCUCAUCAGCGGUGGUGGUAGUGGCCAUGAGCCGAGUUUCAGUGCCAUGGUUGGACCCGGCCUGCUGUCUGCUGCCGUAGCUGGUACCAUAUUCGCCUCGCCCAGCGCCGAACAAGUGAGAAGGGCCAUCAUGUCCCGAGUUGACACUGACAAGGGUGUGCUGGUCACUGUCAUGAACUAUACGGGCGACAUCCUCAAUUUCGGCAUGGCAGUCGAGAAGGCCAAGGCCGCGGGAAUGGGUUGUGAGAUGGUGGUUGUGGGGGAUGAUGUUGGUGUGGGACGCGAGAAGGGUGGCAAAGUCGGACGCCGUGGCAUUGCGGGCACAGUUUUGGUCCACAAAAUUGCCGGAGCUCUCGCGGCCCAUGGAGCGACUCUUGAACAAGUUCACAAGGUGGCCCAGCUGACAGCGGAUAAUCUUGUCAGUGUGGGAGCUAGCCUCGAACAUGUUCACGUGCCCGGCCGAGCACCGCCCGACCCAAAGUUGAAAGACAACCUGGGGGCCGAUGAGGUUGAGAUCGGCAUGGGCAUCCACAAUGAGCCUGGGUCAGGGAAAGUAACAGUUGAGCUCCCUGAACUUGUGACCAAGAUGCUUGCUCAACUACUGGACCCCAACGAUGCCGACAGGAAUUUCCUCAACGUGAACUCCAACGAAGUGGUUUUGCUGGUUAACAAUCUUGGAGGCGUCAGUAUCCUUGAACUGGCUGGUAUUACUGCCGAGGUGGUAAAGCAACUUAAGCAAUGGGGCAUCGAACCAGUGCGUAUCCUGAGUGGAACGUACAUGACAAGCUUAAACGGACUGGGUUUCAGCAUAUCAUUACUCAACGUUGUCAAUACAGACAUUGGUGGCCCGGGUAUGAUCCAAUUGCUGGAUGCCCCCUGUGAGGCCACCGGUUGGGCUGCUCCAAUCUCCAAGAACACAUGGGAGGCUAGGAACCAGGCCACCAGGGAAGAGAAGGCAGCGUCGGGCGAGGCAUCAAAACCCAGCGGACUAAGAACGAAUGCCGAGUCCAUGAAGGAAGCACUAACAGCUGGACUCAAGGCUGUUAUCGCUGCGGAACCUGAGGUGACUCGCUAUGAUACGGUCGUAGGCGAUGGCGAUUGUGGCAUUGGCCUCAAAAGGGGUGCUGAGGGCAUCCUCACUUAUUUGUCGGAGAACUCAUUAACUGGAGAUGUCGUCGUUGAUGUUUCCCAGAUCGCAUCUAUCAUCGAGACAGAUAUGGACGGCACCUCUGGGGCACUUUACGCGAUAUUUAUCAAUUCCCUUGUUCAUACGCUCAGAGUCUUUGGUCCAGGAGAUGCAAGUCCGAAAGCUUGGGCCGGCGCCUUGAAACAGAGCUGCGAAGCACUGUCAAGAUACACCCCUGCUAGACCUGGAGAUCGUACCCUCGUGGAUGCUCUGUACCCAUUCGUCGAGGUUCUCGGGAAAACUGGGGAUGUGAAGCAGGCCGCAGAAGCCGCGAAAACUGGAGCUGAAGGGACGAAAGGAAUGAAAGCCAGUCUUGGACGCACCGUCUACGUUGGAGGGUCAGGAUUCGAGGAGGUACCCGAUCCAGGUGCCCAUGGCCUGGCCGCAUUCUUCCUUGGUUUGGCUGGCUUGAAGAAUGGAGAAGAUGACUGGGAAGCGGUGCAAUUUGAGGCAGAAUCAGGGGCUUCUUAGCACAUGAAUAGCGAGGAGUGAGUGCUUAGUUAGGACACAUGUAUUGAUGG